AUGGCUUUUGCACGCCAAGUGUUUGUGUUAUUGUCUCUGUUAGUGUUAGUGGUGUGUUGGGGAUUGGAGAGAUGUGAAGGUUCUGGGAAAUUCAGCUUCGAAGUCCACCACUUGCUCUCUGAUGCAGUCAAGCAAAACCUUGGCCUUGACGGUCUAGUACCGGAAAAAGGAAGUCUUGAGUACUUCAAGGUCUUGGCCCAGCGUGAUCGCUUGAUCAGAGGCCGUGGUCUCGUCUCCAACAACGAAGAAACUCCUCUUACUUUCAUGGAUGGCAACCUCACGCUCUCAGUCAGACUUCUUGGAGCUCUGCAUUACGCGAAUAUCUCUGUGGGAACACCACCUACUUGGUUCUUUGUGUCAUUAGACACAGGAAGCAAUUUGUUUUGGUUGCCUUGCAAUUGCGGCACCACUUGCAUCCGCAACUUGGAAGAUGCUGGGAUUCCACAGAGUAUACCACUCAAUCUGUACAGUCCCAACGCAUCCUCUACGAGUUCAAGCAUUAGAUGCAGCGACAAGCGUUGUUUUGCAUCGAAAGGGUGUGCUUCUCCUUCAAGUAUUUGCCCUUAUGAGCUGAGUUACUCUCCUGGCACAGCCACCACAGGGACAUUGUUGCAGGAUGUAUUGCAUUUGGCCAAAGAGGAUGUGGAUUUAGAGCCUGUCAAAGCUAAUGUCACGCUUGGUUGUGGUCAGAAUCAGACAGGUGAGUUGCAGAAAAAUAUUGCUGUGAACGGUAAUCUCGGGCUUGGUGUGAAAGAGUACUCUGUUCCGAGUAUGCUGGCUAAGGCAAAUGUUACCGCAAACUCCUUCUCAAUGUGUUUCGGACGUGUCAUUGACGUUGUGGGAAGAAUCAGUUUCGGUGACAAAGGCUACACAGACCAGGAGGAAACUCCAUUCAUUUCUCUUGAACCAAGUUCGUCAUACGUUGUGAAUGUAACGGGAGUAUCAGUGGGGGAAGAACCUACCGGUAUUCGCAUGGUGGCAGAGUUCUACUCUGGCUCAUCGUUUACACACUUACUGGAGCCAGCAUACAGUGUUUUUACCAAAGCUUUUGACACUCUUGCCGAGGACAAGCGUCGCCCCGUUGAUCCUAAGAGUUCCUUUGAGUUUUGUUACGACUUGAGUCCAAACGCUACAAGCAUAUUUUACCCCAUACUAGAGUUGACUUUCGGAGGAGGAUCCAAACUGAGACUCAAGAAUCCGUUUUUCUCAACAAAGACUACGGAGGGUAAUGUGAUGUACUGCUUGGGUGUUAUCAAGGGAGGCGAAGAUAUCAAGGUUAACAUCAUCGGACAGAACUUUAUGUCUGGGUACCGCGUUGUCUUCGAUCGGGAGAGGAAGAUUGUGGGUUGGAAGGGGUCUGACUGUUAUGAAGAUGAAAGCUUAGAAUCUACAACUCCUCCACCGCCGGAGGUCGAAGCUCCUCCACCAAGAUUACCAACUCCACUACCUCGUUCUCCUCCUCCUGCUGCUGAUGAGACACCGCCCCCAGUCGACCCUCGUGACUCCACCGGAAGCCCUGGCACUGGCGGUGCAGCCAGUCUCGUCCCUCUCGCAUCGCAACUCCUACUUCUCCUACCUCUUUUUGCUUUGCUUUGA